CGACCAUCAAUUCAUUAAACCUCAGCUCAAAUAACCCUUAUACAAUCAACCAUGCCUCCUAAAAAAAGCAAGAAAGACUUGUACAAGUUUCAUUACGGCUCUCAGCUCCCUAUCACCGAAACACGUGCGCAAAGGGCUACUCGAAAACUAUUCAAGGAGAGGACCAACGCUGAAGUUGGACAGCAUUUGAAAGCCAGUCGGAAUCGGAACAAUGCACCAGGCGGACUUCAAGAAGAUUCUCAAGAACUCCAUGUCGAACCUGAACCCGAAAACCAACAAGAACUUGGCUUUGAUGAUCCUUCACUCUGGGAAGAUACGGAAGAGACUAUGAACGAAGAAGACGCCUCCUCCUUAGCUCGCAUACGGUCCCUCCACUACGGAUUAAUCCAGCAACAAAGAAAUCAAAAUUGGAAUGAUCUUAUGGAUUCGUUGUUCCCUGUAUACCUGCACAUGAAGAAAAAGACCGACAAUUGGACCCUCCCCUGCUGUUUUGAAAAUUUCUCGCCACUUGUGUGCAGCUGUACAGCAGAUAAGCUGACUGUCCGGCCAAUGGACCUAGUCGAUCUGAUGGGUCAAACUCGGGUGGAUUUUAAAUUCUGUCAUUGUACUUCCGAUCCGGUUCAUCUACUUGCCAAUGGAUAUCUUGCCAGCACACCGAUAUUCCCACAGACAGCAUUCUCGCUACGACUACUCAACUUUUACGAUUUGCUAUGGAAUAUUUGCAAUGCUCAAAUUACCCCAUUCACCAAGGUGUUGCAGCGUUGGAACGAAUCAAUCUCGAUGAGACUGUGUGCCAAGCGCACAUCAAAGCCGCGAGAGCUUCGCCGGAAUCUGUCAGCCUCUGUUGAUGUGUACCGCACUUUAAAGAGUAUGCAACGCAAUCUGGUCCAGACCAUCACAUCGAAUAACCAGCAAGACAUAUUGGCCCAGCGUUCAUGUCCUGCCUGCUUCGGAGUCUCGCAUCCAGUCAGAAACCAAUCUUCAUCAAACGAUAGCAAUCAUCAAACCAAUCCAGCACCCUCGGCAUUUAAUGGCAGUCAUUCUUUCCAGCCACCUGCCUCUACCAAUCAAACCCAAUUUCAAAACAACAAUACAGCUAGCGAGGAAGUAGUGAUAAACAAUCAGCCAACAGAUCCCCCCAAUCCAACCCAUUUCUUAGCUCGCAACGAAGACGAAACUCUUACCAACACAAAUCAAGACAAACAAACUGCACCUUUGUCAGAGACCAAUACUAAUCGGAUCCCGGAAGACAAAAACCGGGUGUUUAUUUGCCUUGAUGGUAAUUUCCAGCACCGCCACCACGAGCGGGCUUCAAAAAAUUACCUGGCAGCUGAAAGCCAACCUUUCUUUAUUCGACCUGACGAACUUCAAGAAUCCAAUGCAGAGAUCCUUGAAGGUGAAAUAGCUCGCCGCGUGUCAAAAAAAGCGAAAGACCGAUGUAGUGAGCAGCAUCAGGCAGCAGAUGAUCGUCGAAAUGCCAGCUCUUGGAAGGGAUGUGACGACACUGGCCUAUUUGGUUGCUGCUGCCGCCAUGACUCAGUCAUCUACUUCUGUAACAUUCACAAAACAGGCGAAGUAAGGGGUCUGCCGAUGUCAAUACUCAAGCGAUUAAUGAGUGAAUUGAACCCAAAUAUCAAUCUUGGGGUACUCUAUGAUAUUGGCUGCACCCUUAAAAAGUUCUUCCAGGCACGUAAUCUGUUUGCCAAUCAUCUCCCCAGGAUGAAGUUCGCAACAGCCGUGUUCCAUUCAUAUGUGCACGAUUGGCCAUGUCAGCUGCAAUACAACCCACGCUAUAAUCUUGGAUGGGGUCUGACCGACGGAGAAGGCUUGGAACGUCUUUGGUCAUACCUAUCUCCUCUGAUUAGCCCUCUUCGGUAUGCUACAAGGAACCAUCGCAUUAGUGCUAUUUCACACCGAAGCUUUUUCCAUAAUGUACUGGGUAUAGAAAAUCUUGUAACAUCAUUAAAAAGGAAGUGGCUUCAUGCGGCAACGACCAAGAGAAAUUCACAAAACACAGUACAAAAACUGCUGAGCCAACUAAACCCUCAUGAGGAUGGACGAUGCUUUACGGAAACUUUUUUUCGGGCCCAAUGGGAAAAGCAGCGUGCCUUUGAGAUUGAGAGGAAUGAAGCUGAUCGCACAAAAAAAGAAGAACACGCCCAAUUCUGGGAAAGAGCAGAAGCACUGAAAUCUCUUGCUGAGACAUUUGUUUCAUCCCUAGGAAAUCCUUCCAUGCACGCAGACCCUGCGCAAAUACUCAAAAUAGUGCAAGAGAUACGUGACUUAGGGAAAGAACAAGAAAAAGAGGCGGAAAAGCUUGGCUCGUAUUUCAUGGCUGGGCCUGGUGUUGAACGAAACCCCGCACAAGAAAAACGGCUUGCACUCCUUUGGAGUGCCAAAAGUGCUCUUUACAAAGCAGCAGUACAGCUUCAAGGAGAGACACAACCGCUGCGUGAUUCAAAGUCUCGUGGGGAAAGAACUGGUACGGUACUGAAGGAGAAGAUAUUCGACGCACUGGGGCGACGGAAGGCAUCUGUCCAAAGAGUUCUUAAACUCUUUUGCGAUCGCAGGACCGAUUACUUGAAAAAUCACGCACCAGAUCAGCUGAACAGGCCUGAAAACAGAGAGAUCAACUAUGAAGAGUUUAGGAAGAUCCAACUAGACGAUCCUUUUUGGAACGAUGGCUUCAUGUGUUUGUCAAAGGACCCUUGGGCUGUUGAUCUAACUGUGCGAACUGGAAUACAUGCACUGCUACGCCUGGAUCGGGCAAACGAGGAAUUGGAACAGCUCUUUGAUGAGUUACAGCGAUGUUUAUGGUGGGGAAUUAACUUUAGAAAUCAGCUAAAAAAUUGCAUUGAUCAAUGUGUAUUUGGUACACCCGACUCAAAUCUGACAGCCACAUUGAUGGGUACCUUUGGCCAGGUCUCAUAUGAAGUAAGGAAGGUUGUCGGUGAUGAAUUAGAAUCAACACAGAAGCAUCAUGAAAGCCUUCUCCUUUCAUGGCAUGAAGGAGUGGAAGAAAUCUUGACGCUAGGCUUGGUUUGUAGCAGUGCAUUGCCAAUUGAGUGGACAGCAUUGAUUGAAUUCCUAAAAAAGUAUAGCCCAAAUAGCUCGCCUGAAUCCAAUGUUGAUUUGCUCUUGGAAGAGACUGUACUGAACAACCAAGACUCAGACGGCGAGUCUCAAAUUGAGGAUGGCGAUGAUAGUCAUGUUGAACAUGUUGUACCUGAUGAUGAUGAUACCUAACAGUUUCUUUCCA